AUGUCGUUGAGCCCAAAGCAUACUACACCUUUUUCAGUGACCGAUAUUCUGAGUCCCAUUGAAGAGACCUACAAGAAGUUUGGUGGCAUGGACAACACUGGUAACCUGAGCACUUCUCUAGGAGCCUAUAGACAGACUCACGUCUCCCAGACAGGAAUGCAACAGCACUCCAUGGGCCAUAAUGCCACCGUGACCACCACCUAUCACAUGCCACACAGUGUUUCCCAGUUUUCACAUGGUGCUAUGGGUGGCUACUGCAAUGGAAGCAUUAGCAAUAUGGGAGAUAUCUCAACGUAUCAAGAUACCAUGAGGAAUAGUGCAGCAGCUACUGGCUGGUAUGGAGCUAACCCAGACCCCAGAUAUUCAACAAUUUCUAGAUUUAUGGGACCAUCUACUGGUAUGAACAUGGCUGGAAUGGGCACCUUACAAGGUAUAGCAGAAGCUGCCAAGUCAAUGGCUCCUCUUCAUGCAGCUCCUAGAAGGAAAAGAAGAGUCCUUUUCUCUCAGGCUCAAGUGUAUGAGCUGGAAAGGAGGUUCAAGCAGCAGAAGUAUCUCUCAGCACCUGAAAGAGAGCACCUGGCAAGCAUGAUCCACCUAACCCCUACUCAAGUAAAGAUCUGGUUCCAGAAUCACAGGUACAAGAUGAAAAGACAAGCAAAAGACAAGGUCACACAACAACUUCAGCAAGAAAGCAACCUGUGCCAACAACAAUCACCUCGCCGAGUAGCAGUGCCUGUUCUUGUAAAAGAUGGUAAGCCAUGUCAAAACGGCUCCAACAGCUCAACAACUGGACAAGUAACACAGCAACAGCAAAACAGCUCCAAUGGUGUAUUGUCUUCUUCUAACAAUUCUGUACACCAGCACCAGAAUCAACAGGUUAACUCUUUAAACCAAGCUCCAGAUUUAGAAGAAAUGUCCCCUAGCCCACAAUCUCUCCAUAAUCAAGUGGCCAAUAUAGCACAGAUGGACACCUCAAGUGUAGAUUACAGCAAUGGUAUGGUCAAUCCUGGCAUGCUCUAUGGAAGAACAUGGUGA